CUUGAACCGGGGUAUUGCCGCUGUCAAGGAAGAUGCUGUCGAAAUGCUGGCCAGCUAUGGGCUGGCGUACUCCCUAAUGAAGUUCUUCACAGGGCCCAUGAGCGACUUUAAGAACGUGGGCCUGGUGUUCGUGAACAGCAAGCGCGACAGGACCAAAGCCGUGCUGUGCAUGGUGGUGGCUGGCGCCAUCGCUGCUGUCUUCCACACCUUGAUUGCUUACAGUGACUUAGGAUACUACAUUAUCAACAAACUGCACCACGUGGAUGAGUCGGUGGGGAGUAAGACGAGAAGGGCCUUCCUAUACCUCGCUGCCUUCCCCUUUAUGGACGCAAUGGCAUGGACCCAUGCAGGCAUCCUCUUAAAACACAAAUACAGCUUCCUGGUGGGAUGUGCUUCCAUCUCUGACGUCAUAGCUCAGGUUGUUUUUGUCGCUAUCCUGUUGCACAGUCACCUGGAAUGCCGAGAGCCUCUGCUUAUCCCCAUCCUGUCCCUGUACAUGGGAGCACUCGUCCGCUGCACCACUUUGUGCCUGGGUUACUACAAAAACAUCCACGACAUCAUCCCUGACCACAGCGGACCCGAGCUGGGGGGAGAUGCCACGAUCAGGAAGAUGCUGAGCUUCUGGUGGCCUUUGGCUCUGAUUUUGGCUACGCAGAGAAUCAGUCGGCCAAUUGUCAACCUCUUUGUGUCCAGGGACCUCGGGGGCAGUUCUGCAGCUACGGAGGCGGUGGCGAUUCUGACAGCGACGUACCCCGUGGGUCACAUGCCAUACGGCUGGUUGACCGAAAUCCGCGCUGUCUACCCUGCUUUUGACAAGAACAACCCCAGCAACAAACUGGUGAGUGCCAGCAACACGGUCACCGCGGCCCACAUCAAGAAGUUCACCUUCGUCUGCAUGGCCUUGUCUUUGACGCUCUGUUUUGUGAUGUUUUGGACCCCCAAUGUUUCUGAGAAGAUUUUGAUCGACAUCAUAGGUGUGGACUUUGCCUUUGCAGAACUGUGCGUGGUUCCCUUGCGGAUUUUCUCCUUCUUCCCAGUCCCAGUCACCGUGAGAGCCCACCUGACCGGGUGGCUGAUGACGCUGAAGAAGACCUUUGUCCUGGCCCCCAGCUCUGUGCUGCGUAUCAUCGUCCUCAUCACCAGCCUCCUGGUCCUGCCCUACCUGGGGGUCCAUGGGGCCACUCUGGGCGUGGGCUCCCUCCUGGCAGGCUUCGUGGGCGAGUCCACCAUGGUGGCCUUAGCAGCCUGCUAUGUGUAUCGGAAACAGAAAAAGAAGCUGGAGAACGAGUCGGCCACCGAGGGGGAAGACUCGGCCAUGACAGACAUGCCGCCUGCGGAGGAGGUGACGGACAUUGUAGAAAUCCGCGAGGAGACCGAGUGA